ACCCUGCCCCAGAGAGCGCCUGCGCGGGCCCUGUAUACCUCCUGCGCAAUGACUGUGAGUGGUCCAGGGACCCCCGAGCCCCGGCCCACCGCCCGUGGGGCCAGUUCAGUGGAGCAGCUACGGAAGGAGGGCAAUGAGCUGUUCAAAUGCGGAGACUAUGUGGGUGCCCUGGCUGCGUACACUCAGGCCCUGAGUCUGGACGCAGCGCCCCAAGACCAGGCCAUUCUGCAUCGGAACCUGGCCGCCUGCCACCUCAAGUUGGAAGAUUAUGACAAAGCUGAAAGUGAGGCGUCCAAAGCCAUUGAAAAGGACGGUGGGGAUGUCAAAGCCCUUUACCGGAGGAGCCAGGCCCUAGAGAAGCUGGGCCGCCUGGACCAGGCCAUCCUUGACCUGAAGAGAUGUGUGAGCCUGGAGCCCAAGAACAAACUUUUCCAGGAUGCCCUGCGGAACAUUGGCGGCCAGAUUCAGGAGAAGGUACGAUACAUGUCCUCGACAGACGCCAAAGUGGAACAGAUGUUUCAGAUAUUGUUGGAUCCAGAAGAGAAAGGCACUGAGAAAAAACAAAAGGCUUCUCAGAAUCUGGUGGUGCUGGCCCGGGAGGACGCCGGGGCGGAGAAGAUCUUCCGGAACAAUGGGGUCCAGCUCUUGCAACGACUGCUGGACACAGGCGAGACUGACCUGAUGCUGGCGGCUCUGCGCACACUGGUCGGCAUUUGCUCUGAGCACCAGUCCCGGACAGUAGCCACUCUGAGUGUGCUGGGAACUCGGCGCGUGGUAUCCAUUCUUGGCGUGGAAAACCAAGCUGUGUCCCUGGCGGCCUGCCACCUGCUGCACGUUAUCUUUGAUGCCCUCAAGGAAGGCGUUAAGAAAGGUUUCCGAGGGAAAGAAGGCGCCAUCAUCGUGGAUCCUUCCCGGGAGCUUAAGGUCCUCAUCAGUAACCUCCUGGAGCUUCUGACUGAGGUGGGAGUCUCAGACCAAGGUCGGGACAAUGCCCUGACCCUCCUGAUUAAAUUGGUGCCCCGGAAGUCUCCUAAGGACCCGAACAACAGCCUCACGCUCUGGGUCAUUGACCAAGGUUUGAAGAAGAUUCUGGAGGUGGGGGGCUCCAUGCCAGCACCCCCUGGGGAAGUAACGGGGACUGCCAACAGCCGCAUGAGCGCCUCCAUCCUGCUGAGCAAGCUCUUCGAUGACCUCAAGUGCGAUGCCGAGAGAGAAAAUUUCCACCGACUCUGUGAAAACUACAUCAAGAGCUGGUUUGAGGGCCAAGGGCUGGCCGGGAAGCUGCGGGCCAUCCAGACAGUGUCCUGCCUCCUGCAGGGCCCAAGUGAGGCCGGCAACCGUGCCCUGGAGCUGAGUGGCGUCAUGGAGAGCGUGAUUGCGCUGUGUGCCUCCGAGCAGGAGGACGAGCAGCUGGUGGCUGUGGAGGCUCUGAUCCAUGCGGCCGGCAAGGCCAAACGGGCCUCGUUCAUCACUGCCAACGGCGUCUCACUGCUCAAGGACCUGUACAAGAGCAGCGAGAAGGACAGCAUCCGCAUCCGGGCGCUAGUGGGGCUCUGUAAGCUCGGCUCGGCCGGCGGGACAGACUUCAGCAUGAAGCAGUUUGCCGAAGGCUCCACUCUCAAACUGGCCAAGCAGUGCCGGAAGUGGCUGUGCAAUGACCAGAUUGACGCAGGCACCCGGCGCUGGGCAGUGGAGGGCCUGGCCUACCUCACCUUUGAUGCUGACGUGAAGGAAGAGUUUGUGCAGGACGAGGCUGCCCUGAAGGCUCUCUUCCAGCUCAGCCGGGUAGGUCUGGGGGAGAGGUCUGUGCUCUUUGCGGUGGCCUCAGCCUUGGUGAACUGCACCAACAGCUACGACUAUGAGGAGCCUGACCCCAAAAUGGUGGAGCUGGCCAAGUACGCCAAGCAACACGUGCCGGAGCAGCACCCCAAGGACAAACCGAGCUUUGUGCGAGCCCGGGUGAAGAAGCUGCUGGAGGCAGGGGUGGUGUCAGCCAUGACGUGCAUGGUGAAGACUGAGAGCCCCGUGCUGACCAACUCCUGCAGGGAGCUGCUGUCUCGGGUCUUCCUGGCGCUGGUGGAAGAAGUGGCAGACCGAGGCACUGUGGUCGCUCAGGGAGGGGGCAAGGCUUUGCUUCCGCUGGCGCUAGAAGGCACUGACGUGGGGCAGAUAAAGGCCGCCCAGGCACUCGCCAAGCUCACCAUCACCUCCAACCCAGAGAUGACUUUUCCUGGCGAGCGGAUCUAUGAGGUGGUGCGGCCCCUGGUCUCCCUGUUGCACCUCAGCUGCUCAGGCCUGCAGAACUUCGAGGCACUCAUGGCCCUCACGAACCUGGCAGGAAUCAAUGAGCGGCUCCGACAGAAGAUCCUGAAGGAGAAGGCGGUGCCCAUGAUCGAAGGCUACAUGUUUGAGGAGCACGAGAUGAUCCGCCGGGCAGCCACAGAGUGCAUGUCCAACAUGGCCAUGUGCAAGGAGGUACAGGACCUAUUUGUUGCGGAGGGCAAUGACCGGCUGAAGCUGCUGGUGCUGUACAGCGGAGAGGACGAUGAGCUGCUGAGGCGGGCGGCCGCCGGGGGCCUGGCCAUGCUCACCUCCCUACGGCCCUCACUCUGCAGCCGCAUCCCCAAAGUGACCACACACUGGCUGGAGAUCCUGCAGGCCCUGCUUCUGAGCCCCAACCAGGAGCUGCAGCACCGGGGCGCCGUGGUGGUGCUGAAUAUGGUGGAGGCCUCCAAGGAGAUCGCCAGCGCCCUGAUGGAGAGCGAGGUUCUGGAGAUCCUGUCUGUGCUGACCAGAGGCGAGGAGGGCCCUGUCACCAGGGCAGCCACGGCGUGCCUGAGGAAAGCGGUGGAGUACGGGCUGAUCAAACCCAACCAAGACAGCGAGUGA